AUGACCCGAGGAAAUGAAGACUCACAACCAAAUUACCUCAGUGACGACCACGGGGACAACCACGGGGACGACCACAACACGGGGACGGGAACAACCACGGACGACGACCACGGGGACGAACCACGGGGACGACACGGGGACAACACGGGGACGACACGGGACGACCACGGGGACGACCACGGGGACGACCACGGGGACGACCGCGGGGACAACCAGGGGACCACGGGGAACCACGGGACGACCACGGGACACCACGGGGACGACCACGGGACAACACGGGGACGAACACGGGACCAGACCACGGGACGACGCGGGGGACGGGACAACCACGGGGACAACCACGGGGACCAACCACACGGGGACGACCACGGGGACAACCACGGGGACGACGGGGACAACCACGGGGCACCAGGGACACACGGGACAACCACGGGACAACCACGGGACAACCACGGGAAACAACAUCGGGGACAACACGGGACGACCACGGGACCACACACACGGGAGACCACGGGGAACAACCACGGGGACCGACAACCACGGGACAACCACGGGGACGACCACGGGGACAACCACGGGACCACACGACCACGGGACAACCACGCGGGGGACCAAACCACCCACGCGACGGGGACAACCACGGGGACACCGGACAACCACGGGGAACCACCACGGGGACGACACGGGAACAACCACGGGGACAACACGGGGAACCACGGGACAACCACGGGGACCACCACCGACCACGGGGACAACCAGACGGGGACGACCACGGGGACAACGGGGAACACACACGGGGACAACCACAGGGACAACCACGGGGACCACGCCACGGGGAACAACCACGGGGACAACCACGGGACAACAACCGACCACGGGGACAACCACGGGGACAACCACGGGGACGACCACGGGGGACGAACCACGGGGACGACCACGGGGACAACGCACAGGGGACAACCACAGGGACAACCAGGGACGACCACGGGGAACCACGGGGACAACCCACGGGGACAACCACGGGGACAACGGGACAAGGGAAAACCACGGGACGACCAGGGGACAACCACGGGGGACAACCACGGGGACGACACGACCACAACGGGGACGACCAGGGACAACACGGGACAACACGGGACAACCACGACAACCACGGGACGACCACGGGGACAACCACGGGGACUGGGGACGACCACGGGGACAACACAACACGGGGACGACCACGGGGACGACCACGGGGACAACCACGGGGACAACCACGGGGACAAACCACGGGGACGACACCGGGACAACCACGGGGACAACCACAGGGACAACCAGGGGACGACCACCGAGGACAAACGGGGACCCACAGGGACAACCACGGGGACGACCGGGAGACCACGGGACGACACACCACUGGGGACAACCACGGGGACAACCACGGGGACACCACGGGGAACCACGGGGACGACACGGGGACAACCACGGGGACAAACGGGGACAACCACGGGGACGACACGGGGACCACGGGACGACACAACCACGGGGACGACCACGGGACAACACGGGGACGACCACGGGGACAACAAACCACGGGGACGACCACGGGGACGACCACGGGACAACCAGGGGACAACCACGGGGAGACCACGGGACAACACGGGACAACCACGGGGACGACACGGGGACAACCACGGGACAACCACACGGGGACGACCAACGGGGACAAACCACGGGGACAACCACAGGGACACCACGGGGACAACCACGGGGACAACCUCGGGGACAAACAGAAGCCAGGGAGGGAGGAAUCGCCCUGUGGGGCCUCAGCUGGACGACGGCUCGCGCCCUUAUCAGGCUGUUAUCUCCAUCAGCCCUUGCCUGCGCCCGGGUAUCUGGGGCGCCAUCAGCUGUCGUUAA